AUGAAAUUGCUUCAACACGCGCUAAUAUCUCCUUUCAUUAUAGCAGCCACGUUUUCAUUGAAUAUCCUACUAACAUCAAUUGACAAUUGGACCUCAAAAGACGUACGGUUUCUCCAAUCACAUUUACAACAACAGGGCCACAAUGUAUUAUUGAUUGCUCCUUUGUAUCAGGAAAAUUCACACACUUCCCUUGCAACUAAAUUCACUAUUGGUCUUAAGGAUAUCAAAGAUGGAGGAGAAUACGGGCAUUUGUUACCGGUACAUUACAACUAUUAUUCAAAAGUGAGCGAUCAGAAUCAAAAACGAGCCAAACAAGUUGUAUUUAAGGAGGAGAUUGAGAUGAAGUUGUCAGAGGAAGAUGGAGACGCAGUUUUACUCAAUAACCAGUAUGGACAGGAUCCUAGUAAUCACAAUGCGUGGUAUGUCAAUUGCGAUGCCCAGAAUGUGUUGAAUAUUGCCAUGAAUGUGCUCAUUCCCAAAUUCUAUCCCAAUUUUCAUCUAGAUUUAGUAAUGAUUGGCCCCAAUCAAGGACUAACCCAUUCACAACUUGUUACUGACAUGAUUCAACAAACUAAUACCGAAAAAGUUGAUGCAAUUGCAAUCUCAACUCAAGACAAUCAUCCAAUCUAUUAUCAAGAUGAGAAGUACUUUAGAAUUGCAUUUAAUGAUGUUGAUUUCCAGUUGUCAAAACUGAAUGCAUUCACCAAAAAUAUCAAAUUGAUUGACAGACAUGUGAUUGCAUUGGUGGAUAAUCUUGUUCAACUAGACAACGAAUACGAUGGAGCAAAAAGUGGUGGCAGCAUUGGAUUGCAUUUACUGUUUCCCAGUAUGAAUUUCCGUACUGCACAUUGCCAAACUUCUCCAUCGACUAAAUUGGACUAUCAAGUGAUGAUGACGUCGGAUAGGACAGACAAACACAGGGUGAUUGCUGAUGAAGUAGAUGUGUCUGAUUUUGAAUUGACUUUAAGUGGUCAAAUAGUUGAGGUUGAACAAGAAGAUGAAGGAAAAGAGGAGGAAAAUUCGAAAAAUUACGCUAGCUUUAGGAUUAAAGAAGAAGCUGCUGAUGAGUCUAACCAAGGGGAGCACACCUACAAGAAACGUCGUGAUGCCCAUGGUGAAAAGGAAUCUAAUGAUGAAAGUAUGAAAAGUACUGACUAUGUGUUGCUGAAUUGCAACAUUGCUGUCACUUCGACCAACCCCAUCAGUUCGAAAAAGUUGAAGAAACUAUUCUAUUCAGAUUAA